ACACACACUCAUCUCACGUGUUAAAUGUUUCAUCACCGUGGUUCCAAACUGGUUUUUUUGGAACAAACACUCGUUAUCCUUUUGACGUCUAUAAUUAUUACAUAAUAAUUAUUGAAACGAAGAAAUGGAGAUAAUUAUUGGAACAUAUGAAGAGUUUCUUGUUGGAUUUCAAUUGAAAAAACGAUCAUCGAUACAGGAAGAACAAGAUAAUGUAUCAAAUGAAUAUCUGCUGGAACAAAGUUUCACCAAUCAUGGCCAUAAUGGAAGUGUUCGAUGUUUAGCUGCAUCGAAUAAAUAUAUCGCUUCAGGCAGUAUUGAUGAACGUAUCAAUUUGAUUAAUAUACGUCAUCGUUUGGAAACCGGAACAUUAAUAUCACAUUCAGGAACGAUAACAGCAUUAGAGUUUUUACGUACAUCAUAUUUAUUUUCUGCAUCCGAUGAUGGAACAAUUGCAAUAUGGUCAGCAGGAAAAGUAUGGAAUUUAGAAAAAAUACUUCGUGGCCAUAAAGAUUCAGUUACAGCCAUUAAUAUACAUCCAUCCGGUAAACUAUUACUAUCAAUAUCUAAGGAUCUGACAUUACGAACAUGGAACCUAAUCAAAGGAAGAUGUGCAUAUAUUGUCAAUCUUAAAGAUGUUGGCCAUCAAGUAUUAUGGUCUUCUUCAUGUUUAUAUUUUGCCAUCAUAUUUGACACACAUAUCGAUGUAUAUGAUAUAAGCAAUGGAUCAAUUAAAUAUCAUAUUUCGCAACGAGAUAUUGGUUUAAUUGGUAAACGAUUGAACAAGAUUGUAUACAUAGAUGAUAAUCGAUUAAUAAUCACUGGGGAUUCACCUGAUUUAAUCGUGUUUGAUUUGGAAACGAAAAAAAUUAUAAAUAGAAUUCAACGGGCACAUGAAAAUCGUAUCAAAGAUUUAACAUUAAUCGAUUGGAAUCGAAUUGAACCGGAUGAAAAAUUAUCCGAAUUGAUCAAUGAAACGAAACGACAAUCACAUCAGCGAUGGCUUCUUACCUGUUCAAGUGAUGGUUUUAUCAAAAUUUGGUUGUUCAAUUUCAAUGACUUGACGGAAAAUCCGAUUUUAAUCGCCAAAGUUGACAGUACUUGUCGUCCAACUUGUUUAGUCGUUUGGACUUCUGUAAUAACUUCUAACGUUGAACAUGAUUUCAUCCUGCCGGAACUUAAAAUCACAAAAGAAGAAUUGGAAUCCUGUCGUGCUAAAGCAGCAAAAAAAUCCGAAAAAAUUGAUCCUGAAAUUCUAAAAUCUGAUGAUGGAAAGAAACAAACGAACAUAGUUACUAGUGACAGUCUUAUCCAUAAUAAUAAUCAUGAUAAUAAUAGUGAUGAAAAGGAAUUGUCAUCGAAAUUUGAUCAUGAAGAAGAAGAAAAAGUUCAUCAUAAAAACGAUAAUGAUGAUGAUGAUGAUGAUGAGAUAGCAAUCCGUGAGAUGAAACAGAAAUCAAAAACAAUUAAAAUGAUGAUGAAAGAUUCGAUAAAAAAGAGUAAGAACAAAAAAAUGACAACAUUCAAAAUGUAUUUUAUACAAUUAAGGCGUAUGCGCAAAAAAUAUAUUUACAGCUGUCUCAUCUGA